AUGCCUGAAGAAGGUCCUUUUGUCUCCAAAGAACUUAAGCCUUUCCAGAAGUUGGCUUCCCUCACCUCCAGUCACGUUAAGUGGUAUAUCCGAGAUUGGGAAACCGAGAAUGUGAUUGUCAGCAUUGGAGACUUCCCUAAUGUGUCGUUAAUAGGAACCAAGGGUUGCAUUAACUAUAACCCCAUGUUAUCUCUGAGGCAGCAUGGGUAUCCUAUGAAUGGCCCUCCAAAAGUUGAAGCUCUAGAGCCUUUCAUCCUACAUGGUGUUGAAAUGGAUCAUCCCAUGGUGAAAAAGAUCAAGAGGUCUUGGCAGGCAGUUAUCAGAAAAGGUAAGGAGUUGGGUAGGAGAAAUGUCAUUGCCCAAGAGCCUUACAUUUGUUGGGUUAGAGAGAGGGUUCAGAUAAUUAAACUCCCGUAUCCAUUUGAUCCUUCUAUCUAUCCAGUGAUUCCUGAGCCAGAGCCCAUAUUACCUGAAGAUGUGGAGAAGCUCAACAAUCGUAUCAAGGAGUUGGAAUUGGAAAAUGCUGAUUUGAGAAUCAGGCUUGGCCGAGUCUCGGUGGAGAAUGGGAACUUGAAAGACGAUCAACAAAAGAAGGACAAAGAGCUUGAAGUCUCCAACAAAAGAGCUAGAGAGUCUGAAGCCAGGAGAGAAAAGUUUGGACAAGCACUCUUUAGCACUAAGUCUGUGUUCAAAUCAAAGGAAGAGGAGUUGGAUAGAGCUUUACUCCGGAUUCAAAAGCUCAACAAGACUUUGGAGCUGACCCUUGAGAUGAAAAGGGAAGCACGGUUGAUUUCUGAGAUUCGUACUCGUGAAUUGGAGAAUACAAUUCAGAAGUACAAGGAUGCUCUAGAACGUGAGAAGCUGAAGACCGAAGAGUCAGAGAGAGUGUGCACACGGUUGAAGCAUCAUUUGGAUCGAGCCGAUGCUAGAAUCCAAGCACUUGAAGGUGGGGAUCAGGAUGCUGCCUAUAUGGUGUUGCUGAAUGAAUGCAGAUAUUGGAGGAACCUCUAUAGGGACAUAGAGGCGACUAAGGCUGAAGAUGUGCGCAUUAUCCAAGAUCUCCAAGGGCUCUACACUGAGUGGAAGGGCAAAUUUUUGAAGUUGUCCGGAUUUGCGAGUUCCAUCAUGCGUGAGCUACCUGAGAAGCUGCAAGAAGCUGAUUGGUGCAUGUGUCCAGAGAACACACCGCAUCAAGUCUAUAAUUUCAUUAAGUUUUGUCCAACGAUUGAACCCCAACCUGCGCGGGCGGUACCAACAACCUGGCCCACCUAUGGUUUACCUCCUGGUUUCACUCCUGCAGUUGAAGGUGCCCCUGGUUUUGCACCAUCUGCUCAGCAGACAGCUCCUUUACCGACCAUCAAUGAAAACCAUCCGGUGGUUCACACGUUCGCACCUCCUCUCGUUCGUGCACACGUGCAACCCUACUUUGAGGACCAACAACACGCCCCAGACUUUUCAGAUGAAGAUGAGGAAAGGCAGGAGGACCUAAGAGGGAUGAAGGAGAACUACCAGCUGCUUGAGAAGAGAUUGAGGGCUAUGGAAGGUGACCAAGUUUUUGGUGCUACAGCUAAGGAGAUGUGCCUGGUGUCCGGUCUUGUGAUCCCAGCAAAGUUCAGGACCCCAGAUUUCGAUAAGUAUGAGGGCCACUCGUGUCCUAAGAGUCACCUCAUUAUGUACUAUCGAAAAAUGGCUGCGCAUGUAGAGGAUGACAAGCUCAUGAUACAUUGCUUCCAGGAUAGCCUGAGGGGUGCUCCCUCCAAGUGGUACCUAAGCCUGGAUCAGAGUAGGAUUCGGUGUUUCCAGGACUUAUCUGAUGCCUUCAUCCAACACUACAAGUAUAACAUGGAUAUGGCCCCGGAUAGGAGACAACUACUCAACCUGGUUGAAAAGAAGAUUCUGUCGUUUCGAGACGUCGGACCCAAUGUCAAGAACAACCCUUUGCCAGCACAUGGUGAUGUCAAUGCCGUUGAAGAUGCUUCUGAUGUGUGUGUAAUCAAGAAUGUGGAAGAUGUUAAAACUCCGCUGCUAGCGCUUCAUGCAGGAUUGGUGAGGGCUAGAUUGAUUGAUACUUGUCACGAUAGUUGUGAGGAAUGUGCCAUUCAGCCGAAAGGAUGUAAAGUGGUACGAAAUGACAUUCAGAAUUUGAUGAAUCAAGGCAUUUUGCAAAUUUGUGGUCCGACAACGAAUGAGGAGAUUUCGGUCAUUGAACCUGUUUUUAACAUACCAGAACCAUUUGAAGUAACUUAUCACAGGAGAGAUGUUGUUCACCCAUCACCUGUAGUGGUUUGCAUGCCUACCCCAUUUCCUUUUGAAAGUACCAAGGCAGUACCGUGGAAGUACGGCAUAACAAUGGUAGAUGGAGUGGUAGAUGGAAAACCUGAGGCCACUGAAAGUAAGAAAGGUGUGGAGAAUGUUGACACCGACAUCACCAAUAUAGCAGGAACAAGCAGAAUGACCCGUAGUGGUCGGAUUUAUACUCCCAAUUUUGAUGUGAACCCUCAAGAGCCAGCAAGGGGAACUACAAAUGUAAAUCCUACCCCAGAACGUGGAGGGGCACAGCCGGCUGUACAAACAGAUGAAGCAAAAACUUCUUUUCAAGCCCUUGAAAUAUCCAAUGCUACACUUGAAGAGGUUAAGGAUCCUGUUGAGAAAGCUAGUUUGUCAUUCGCUUCUUUGAAGAGUGCAAAAUCAGCAGUUGAAAGUGGAGGCCCUGCAGGUUGGGGGCAGGAAGACAAGAAAGAGGUCAAAGUCGGGACUACGCUUGAGGCAAGCAUCAAGGAAAGAUUGAUCAAGUUGCUACAUGAAUAUGUAGAUGUAUUUGCUUGGUCAUAUCAGGAUAUGCCAGGUUUAGAUACUGACAUUGUUGUCCACAAGAUACCACUACAGCCAGAUUGUCCGCCAGUGAAGCAGAAGCUCCGAAGAGCAAGACCCGACAUGGCUCUAAAGAUUUGUGACGAGGUGAAACGUCAAUUUGAUGCCGGUUUUCUAGCAGUUGCAAAGUACCCUCAAUGGGUAGCCAACAUUGUGCCAGUACCCAAAAAGGAUGGCAAGGUCAGGAUGUGCGUUGAUUAUAGGGAUUUAAACAAAGCUAGUCCAAAGGACGAUUUCCCCCUGCCACAUAUUGACACGCUGGUAGACAACACUGCUAGGUUCGCAGUCUUCUCCUUUAUGGACGGAUUCUCGGGUUAUAAUCAAAUCAAGAUGGAUCCAGAGGACAUGGAAAAGACCACAUUCAUCACCCCUUGGGGAACAUUUUGCUACAAGGUAAUGCCAUUCGGUCUCAAAAAUGCUGGGGCAACUUACCAAAGAGCAAUGGUCACUCUUUUCCAUGAUAUGAUGCAUAAGGAAAUUGAGGUCUAUGUGGAUGAUAUGAUUGCAAAAUCUCAAAGUGAAGAGGAUCAUAUAGACCACUUGCAGAAGCUGUUUGAGCGUCUUCGGAAAUUUCGACUACGACUGAAUCCUGCUAAAUGCACCUUCGGUGUCCGAUCCGGAAAGUUGCUUGGUUUCAUUGUUAGCCAACGAGGAAUCGAGGUGGACCCUGACAAAGUCCGAGCUAUACAAGAGAUGCCUGCUCCAUGCACCGAGCGAGAGGUUAGAGGCUUCCUGGGACGUUUGAAUUAUAUCUCAAGGUUUAUCUCACAUAUGACGGCCACAUGUGAGCCUAUCUUCAAAUUGCUUCGAAAAGAUCAAGCAGUUGAAUGGAAUUCUGAUUGCCAAAUGGCUUUUGAGAGGGUCGGACAAUACCUGCAAGAGCCCCCUAUUCUAAUUCCACCUGUUCAGGGGAGACCACUCUUUAUGUACUUAACUGUUCUUGAAAAGUCAAUGGGAUGUGUGUUGGGACAACAUGACGAAACUGGUCGAAAGGAACAUGCUAUCUACUAUCUAAGUAAGAGAUUUACCGAUUGUGAAACCCGAUAUUCACUCUUGGAGAAAACUUGUUGUGCUUUAGCAUGGGCCGCUCGUCGUCUAAGACAAUACAUGAUUUGCCACACUACUUUGUUGAUCUCCAAAAUGGAUCCAAUAAAGUACAUCUUUGAAAAGCCUGCUUUGACUGGAAGACUCGCCCGUUGGCAGAUGUUACUAUCUGAGUAUGACAUCCAAUAUGUGUCUCAGAAAGCCAUCAAAGGAAGUGUGUUGUCUGAUUACUUGGCAAACCAGCCCGUUGAAGAUUACCAGUCGUUGAAGUUUGACUUCCCGGAUGAAGACAUCAUGGUAGUGAAAGACUGUGAAAUCCCAGGACCUGAUGAAGGACCUGAACCCGGGUCUCGGUGGAAGCUCAUGUUUGAUGCAAGGUUGUGUUUUGAUUGCACGAACAAUAUAGCAGAAUAUGAGGCGUGCAUCCUAGGCAUUGAAGCAGCAAUUGAUCUCCGAAUCAAAAUCCUUGAAGUAUGUGGAGAUUCAGCCUUGGUGAUAUACCAAGUCAAGGGCGAAUGGGAAACCCGUGAUACCAAGUUGAUCCCAUAUCGUGCCCAUGUCAUGGAAUUGAUAAAAUACUUUGACGAGAUCACUUUCCGUCAUAUCCCGAGAACUGAGAAUCAAAUUGCCGAUGCUUUGGCUAUGUUGGCUUCAAUGUACCAAGUCAGAUUCCAUAAUGAAGCACCUCUCAUUCAAAUCGAGCGGAAAGUUGAGCCUGCCUACUGCCAGUCAGUUGAAGAGGAAGCCGAUGGUAAACCCUGGUUUCACGACAUCAAAUGCUUUUUGCAAAAUCAAGAAUAUCCAACAGAUGCCACAACCCUUGACAAGAAAACAUUGAGGAAGUUAGCAUCCAAAUUCUUCUUAAGCAAUGGUGUGUUGUACAAGAGAAAUCACGACAUGAUUCUGCUCAGAUGCGUGGAUGAACGUGAAGCGGACAUGUUGAUCAAGGAGAUUCAUGAAGGAUCCUUUGGAACUCAUGCCAAUGGGCAUGCCAUGGCCAAGAAGAUUUUGAGAGCUGUCAAUGUUUUGACGUCGCCUUGGCCCUUCUCAAUGUGGGGCAUCGACAUGAUUGGCGCCAUCGAGCCUAAAGCUUCCAAUGGUCACCGCUUCAUCCUGGUCGCCAUUGAUUACUUUACCAAAUGGGUAGAAGCCGCCUCUUAUGCUAAUGUGACAAAACAAGUGGUUGCACGGUUUCUCAAGAAAGAGAUCAUUUGCCGUUAUGGAAUUCCAAGCCGGAUCAUCACAGAUAAUGGGACGAAUCUGAACAAUAAGACCAUGAAAGAAUUAUGCGAGAGUUUCAAGAUUGAGCACCAUAACUCUUCACCAUAUCGUCCAAAGAUGAAUGGCGCUGUUGAAGCCGCUAACAAAAACAUCAAGAAGAUUUUGGUAUAUGGGAUGGAAGCAGUUCUCCCAAUUGAAGUAGAGAUACCUUCAAUGAGAAUCUUGAUGGAGACCAAGCUAGAAGAGGCUGAGUGGAUUCAAAAUAGAUUUGAUCAGUUGAACCUCAUAGAUGAGAAGCGAUUGACUUCUUUGUGCCAUGGACAAUUAUACCAGAAACGGCUUAAAAGGGCUUUUGACAAGAAAGUACGUGUUCGGGAAUUCAGAGAAGGAGACCUCGUGCUUAAGAAGAUCCUGCCAAUACACAAAGACUCACGUGGGAAGUGGACUCCCAAUUAUGAAGGCCCAUAUGUUGUAAAGAAAGUUUUCUCCGGAGGAGCCUUGAUUCUCACAACUAUGGAUGGUGAAGAACUCUCACACCCCGUGAACUCUGAUGCAGUUAAAAAA